GCCAUCGUCGUUACCGUUUGACGGUUUCCGCUCACGCGAUUGCGUGCGCCGUGCGGCCUCGUCUCGUGCGUUUGUUCCCCACGCCGGAGUGACCAAACCCCUCUCCCCAUUCUUCCGUUAUUUUUCUCCCACAGCUGCUUUCUCUGUGCACUCCGCACUCCCACUCGCACCGCGCAGCUUUCCGCCCCGCUCCCUCCCCGAAACCCUCGAGAGGUUCUGCGCGCGGCGGCGGCGGCGGCAGCCAUGGACUCCGCGGCGUCGCUCCUGGAGGCGUACCGCCGCGACCGGCGCCGACUCCUGGGCUUCCUCCUCUCCUCCGCCGGCGGCCGCGCCGUGGACCUCUCCCGCGUCGAUCUCGACGCCGUCAGCGCAGACUACGCCCUCGACUGCGUCGCCUCCGGCGCGCCGUUCGACGCUUCGGAGGCCACCAGGAGGUACUUUGACGACAGGAGGUACCCGAUCAUGACGAGCUCGCCAUCAGGGAACUCAUAUUUUCUUCUUUCAAGGCCAGAAGGCUCUGGUUCUCCUCCAAAGAAAGUAGCACCGGACAUUGGACCCGAACCAACUGCAGAAGAGAACUCAAGUAGAGGAAGGAAGCAUAGCAAUUCUUUUAGAGUAGCGGUUGACAUUCAGGGAGCAUCCUAUGGUCUGAAGGAUCUUAGUUUGGCAGAUACGUCUCCCCACCAAGCCAAAGAAAUGGAUAUUCUUUCUCUAGGUUUACCUAGAUUAAACACAGAAUUGUCUGAUGAUGAUCUAAGAGAAACAGCUUAUGAGGUCCUUCUUGCUUCUCUAUUUGUCAGUGGAAAAAUGUACUUCGCUGAAGAGAAGAGAGAAAAGAAGCCUAAAUUCCUGAAGGGUUUGAGGUCGAAGACUGAAGGAUCUAAUUCAGUACCUCAGAUGGAAAAUUAUUAUACCCACCAUCUUGAUUUGAUCCGAGCACAAAUGGAGAUAUCAGAAUCUAUGGAUACAUUGGCUAAGAGAGCGUUAAGACGUAUUGGUUCGAAGAUGGUGCAGGGACAACUUGAUGUGCCUUCCAUAUCACUACAACUCUUAAGCUCUGUUGGAAAAUUUGAUUUCCCAACAGAAAGAUUGCGUGUACAAUGGCAGAGAAGACAGGCAAAUGUUCUAGAAGAAUUACUUCUGUUCUCAGCAUCUUGUGAGUGCAGUAUGAGUGAAACAUUGCGGAUAGUUCUCUCCAAGCUAAAAAAUACAGAGGACUGGGUUGUGAGUGUUCCUGAUGGGCGUAUUGAGGUCUUAACUAUCAUUGAAAGAUACAACACAAGACUAUGUGUAGCUCCAAAGAAGUUUGGCCUUAAAGGCGAAACCUACCAUUGGACUCAGAGCUAUCAUUUUAAUUCUAGGCUAUAUGAGAAACUUCUCUCCAGUGUCUUCGAUAUUCUUGAAGAUGGGCAACUUGUAGAGGAGGCUGAUGAAAUACUUGAAACAAUGAAACUGACCUGGCCUAUAUUGGGCAUUACCCAGAAGUUGCAUGACGCCCUGUAUGCUUGGGUCCUUUUCCAGAAGUUUGCUCAAACUGGGGAAAUUUUUCUACUGAGACAGACAGAUCUUCAGAUACAGAAACUUCAGUUGCAUAAUAAUGUUAGAGAAGCAGAGCUGUAUAUAGAUAGCUUUGUUUGUUCUGUGGAAGGAUUUGGCAGCAACGGCGCUCUAAAUUUGGUGGACAGUGCCCUUCUUAAAAUAAACAUGUGGUGCCACAGACAACUCAAGAAUUAUCACUUAUACUUCAGUCAGGCUAACUGUUCAAUCUUCGAGAGCAUGCUGAACUUGGCGUUACUUUCGGCGGCGAAUCUUACUGAUGAUGAUGAGGAAGCCAUGCUCAUUGGGACCCCGCUUGGCAGUACGCCAGAAUCUACCUUGAUCCACAUACUCGUUGUCAGAUCCAUUCAAGCUGCAUAUAAGCAUGCCCUAAUUUCAGCAGAUGGCCAAUCAAAAGCAGAAUUUAAGCAUCCAUUGAUAUUGCUUGCAAGUGAGCUAAAGCUAUUAGUGGAGAAAGAGUGCUCUGCGUUCAGCCCAGUACUUCAUAAAUAUUAUCCUGAAGCUGGAAAAGUAGCACUAACUGUCUUUCACCUACUUUAUGGCCAACAACUGGAGCUGUUCCUGGAAGGGACGGAUCAUUCAGAAAACUUGAAAGAGAUACUGGGAGCAUCUAACAGCUUUGAGCUCUGUAUAGCUCAGAAGCUUUACUCAAUGUACGGGGAAGCUGCUGGGUCUUCAUCGUCCAACUUCCUAAAACCAUACAUGAUAGAUCGUUUUUCUUCACCCAUCAUUCUUCAGUGGCUUCAUGCUCAACACGAGAAUGUUUUGGAGUGGACAAAGCGUACCAUUGAGAUUGAGAAUUGGGAGCCUCUGUCAGUUCACAGGAAACUAGCGACAUCUAUGGUUGAAGUCUUCCGGAUUGUGGAGGAGACAAUUGAUCAGUUUUUUAACUCAAGUCUACCUCUGGAUAUUGUCCACCUGCGGAGUCUGCUUAUAGGAAUCACUAGCAGCCUUCAAGUCUAUCUGCUUCACAUGGAAAACCAACAAGUUUCUAGAGCCACCCUGCUUCCUGUUGCGCCAGUCUUGACCCGUUAUGCGGAAUCAGUUAAUCCAUUUGCCAAAAGGAAAUUUAUUGAGCCUACAGUUCGUGAAGAAAAGGUGGCUAAUAAAUUGAACAAUUUGACAGUCCCAAAAUUAUGCGUGAAACUCAACACCCUUCAGUACAUUAGAGAUCAACUUGAUACCAUAGAAGAGGGCAUCAAACAAUCAUGGGUCGAUGUCCAGUCAGCUGUGGGAUUGUUAGACUAUUUGUCUUAUAUGGCCAGUGAAGGAGCUACUUCAAAAAAUUCACGUUCUGAUGAACCGAUUGAUGAGUUGUUUACAAUAUUUGAUGAUGUGCGAAGGACUGCGGUGAAUAUAACUGACACAAUCUUGAACUUCAUUGGAACAAGGGCUGUAUUCUGGGAUAUGAGGGACUCGCUUCUUUUCUCCUUGUACCGUACUAGAGUUGAAAGUGCACGCAUGGAGAUUUUUAUCCCUACAAUUGAACAGGUUCUUGACCAGGUAUGUGAUCUAAUCGUUGACGUGUUAAGAGACCGAGUUGUGCUGAGAGUUUUUCAAGCAUGCAUGGAAGGAUUCAUUUGGGUCCUAUUGGAUGGAGGUCCAUCCCGUGCAUUUUUGGAGACAGAUGUGAACUUGAUGAAAGAUGAUCUGGCUAUACUCAAGGAUCUUUUUAUAGCAGAAGGCCAAGGUUUACCAUCAGAUGUUAUUGAAAAGGAGGCUAAAUUAGUUCAGCAGAUUUUAGACCUCUAUGUGCUAAAGGCUGAUACAAUCAUUGAUUUGCUGAUGAAAGCAAGUGAACAUAUUUCACACCAUCUUGAGCCCGCAACUGCUCGAAGAAGAAAUGUACAUGAUGUCCAUACCCUCCUUCGAGUUUUGUGCCAUAAAAAGGAUAAUGGUGCCUCCACAUUUUUGAGAAUCCAAUAUCAUCUUCCAAGGUCCUCAGAUUAUGACGAUGUUCCUCUGAAGGAUGCAUCAUCUAAAGUACCUAUAUUUUCAGAGAUGUUAAAUAGGGGCGCUUCAUUUAAUUGGUCGGAAACUGGGCAGCAGAGUUUUAGGAUUAUGAAGAAGAAACUGCAGGAAGCUAGUUGGCAGUAAAAGGUGUCUCAGUUGGAAAAUGCUGCUGAGUUUGCACAUGUCCUUUGCAUAUAUGUGAAAUAGGCUCGUCAACGUUGCAGAUCGAGCUGUUUGGACAGAAGAUGCAACUUUGCAUAUGCUCACACAGCUGCAAAUGAAGGCAGCAUAUGCUAUAAGGUAUCUACACAUAAUGGAUUAAUGGCCUCCCGAUCUCCAAACUGUUACAACCUCAUUUGAUACCACCUCGCACUGAGCAACAGAUGAGGAAGAAGCAAAGAAGCUUCAAUUGGUGAUUUGUGAAUGAUGAACUGAGAUUUUAUCUGAGAUCAUCAUGAUCCAGCUAAAAAAGAUGAAGAUUUGCCCUGGCAAGGAAGAGAAGCAUCACAGGCUCUCAGUUCUGAAAAUGCAUGUUAUGUUCUGGUCUUCCCAGCAAUGUCCAUGUAGAGAUCAUAGCAGCUGCUAAGCUUCAUGCACUAGCCAACGCAACCAAAAGUCCGAACUGAUGGGAAGGGCUAGUGCAAUCCACAUAUACUGACUCACGCACGACCUUGGCUCUGAUAUCAUGUUAAGCUUCAUGCGCUAGCCAAUACAAUCAAAAGUUCAAACUGAUGGAAAGGGUUAGUGCAAUCCACAUAUACUGUAAGAGCAGCCACCUGUGAUGACGUAAUCCUGCCACCCAGCUUGAUUAAAUCUUCGCUGCAGAUCAAUAUAUGUGGAGAUCUAUAGUAUUGUAGUAUCACAGAUACUAACACAUUCUUGGAAAGAUCACCCAGCACUUAGCGACAACAGGCUUGCUUGUGUAAAUAUGUGGAAGAAGGAAGGGUUGGGCCACCUCCUUCAAAAUCAAGCUUCUAAAUAUUGUAUUCUAGACUAUGUUUGCAGAUAUCAGCCAAUAUAGCCCAAUCUGUGGAUGCCUAUGAAUUUUAUUUAAAAAAAUAUUGAUUUUUUAUGACAAUGAAGAAGAUGGUUUAUGACAAUGAAAAAUAUUGUAGUCCCUCUGUAAAGAAAUAUAAGAGCGUUUACGUCACUAAAGUAGUGAUCUAAACGUUCUUAUAUUUCUUUAUAGAGGGAGUACAACAGAAGAUGCACCAUUCAUCAAACAAUUUACUGAAGAUGGUUUCCUUUUUCCUGUUUAUGUAAAUCUGUCGCUGGUUAUUCUAUUUAUUUUUCCAAGAGCGGAAUGGUAUAUACUCUGUACAUGAAUAGCAAGACAGUGGCAGUACUUUUCUGAUAUGGCUAUAUGUAUGUAUGUACUAACACUGAAGUGAAUCUGAUAUAUAAGCCGAAUCAGCCCAUGGGAAGCUUACUCAAAA